CGUCUUUGCCGGAAAAAGAAACAGAGAAAAAAGGAAAGAGAAAGGAAAAAAACAGAAGUGCUAACGAAGCAGAUCAGUCAAAACAUAAACACUGCGGGCACAGCCACAAACGUGACUUUAAACUGCGGGAGGUUUUGGAUCGCCAGUGAGGGAGUUGAGGGCACUUCUCACUGAUGUGGUGUGCGUGUGACUCUCAGGUGAAAGAAGGGAAAAUCUGAGCAGAGGAUUAACAAGUGCUGACACUUUGGGCCUACAGUUGAGGGUCUCUUCUGUUAGAGGAUACCAUCUGACAGAAUGAGCGAUACAGAUGGUAAAGUCAGUGUCCCAAAUGGUGGUUCUGAUAAUCCAGAACCCGGAGAAGGAAGAGGGGAGGCAGAUGCAUCUGCAGCACCAGAGGUCCAUUCCAGCAAAGAGUCAGCAAAUCUGAGUUCAGCGCCAGAGGGAGGUGAGGGUGGUCAGGACAGGCCAAUGGAAGACUCUGAACAGAAGCAAGGGCCUGGAGAAGAUGAGGACACCGACAGCAUGGAUGGUAGUGGAUUGUUCUCUUUAACAGAAGACGGAGAGAGAGAGAGUGAAGGAGGAGGGCAGAGAGAGAGGGGAAAAGAUGAAGGAAGUAGAUCCACCAGGAAGAGGAACCGACCCAGCGGGGGAGCCACACGCCACUCUUCCAGUUCGGACGAUGAAGAAGAGGAAGAGGAGGUAGAGGGAGAAGAUGAGCAAACCAUGGAGGCGUGGCUGGGAGCAGACCUGUGUGACAUGAGUCGCCCUUCGUGGCGUGCGGUCCCCUCGCUGCGUGCCCGAGAGAUUGGCCGUGACUCGCGCCAGUUUGUAAAGGGUGUGUGUGGGGCGCGGGGUCUUGUGCAGAGGCUGGAACUGCAGGGGCGCCUGGAGAGACACACGGGCUGCGUGAACACCCUCCACUUUAACCCUUCUGGCACCCGUCUGGCUUCCGCCAGUGACGACCUCCGUGUGGUGAUCUGGGAUUGGGCUCGCAGAAGGGCAGAGCUAGAGUUUGACAGUGGCCAUAAGAGCAAUGUCUUUCAGGCAAAGUUCCUCCCACACAGUGGUGACUCCACAUUAGCCAUGUGUGCCCGUGAUGGACAGAUCAGAGUGGCUGAGCUUUCUGCCACACAACGUUGCAAAAACACCAAAAGAGUGGCCCAGCACAAAGGUGCAGCACAUAAGCUUGCGCUUGAACCAGACUCUCCCUGCUCUUUCCUUUCUGCUGGUGAAGACGCAGUGGUGUUCGGCAUUGACCUGCGUUUAGACAGACCUGCCACCAAACUGGUGGUGGUGAAGGAAGGCGAAAAAAAGGUGGGGCUGUACACCAUCUUUGUGAACCCAGCCAACACACACCACUUUGCUGUGGGUGGGAGAGACCAAUAUGUCAGGAUCUAUGACCAGAGAAAGAUCAAUGAAAACGAUAAUAAUGGCGUGCUGAAGAAGUUUUGUCCCUCUCACUUGGUGUCCAGCGAGUCCAAAACUAAUAUUACCUGUUUAGUAUACAGCCAUGAUGGCACAGAGCUGCUGACAAGUUACAAUGAUGAGGACAUUUACCUUUUUGACUCCAGCCACAGUGAUGGAGCAGAUUACCGCAGGAGAUACAAGGGUCACCGCAACAAUGCUACAGUGAAAGGAGUUAACUUCUAUGGGCCUUGCAGUGAGUUUGUUGUCAGUGGCAGUGACUGUGGACAUAUCUACCUAUGGGACAAGAACUCUGCCCGCGUGGUACAGUUUAUGGAGGGAGACAAGGGAGGAGUGGUGAACUGCCUAGAGCCUCAUCCUCAUCUCCCAGGUUUGGCCACCAGUGGUCUGGAUCAUGAUGUGAAACUGUGGGCCCCGACCGCUGAGAAUCCCACAGCACUGAAGGGACUUAAAGAGGUAAUGAAGAAGAACAAGCGAGAGCGUGAUGAAGACAGUGUUCGUCAUGGUGACCAGUAUGACACACAGCUCCUCUGGUUCCUGAUGAGACACAUGAGAAACCGAAGACCUCAGCGAGCCCGGCGCGGGGAAGGUGGAGAGGGCGACACAGACGAAUCCUGGAGCUCGCCAGAUUCCUCUGACGAAGAAGAUGGAGGGCCAGACCAUGUCCAGUGCAUGUCCUCCUGAGCCACAUACACACACACACACACACACACACACACACAAUUUUUGCCAUAUAUUUAAGCACAUACAUACUAGUAACACACUGAUUCACAAUAGACACUGAAAGGCCAGCAACAAACACAAACACGGCUUUAUAUACGCACACAGUGUGAGGGAGAGGGAAACUAUUGUUGUCUAAACUGUCAGUAUCUGGCUUUGUGCUACACACACACAAAUAAUAUCAUUGGGGGAAGAAAUUAUAAUGAAAUUCAUAUUUUUGAUAUCCGAUCAUAUAUUUGCAACCACACACACAAAUAAUCACUGAUUUAAUGCUACCACAGACACAAACACAUUUCAUUUCCACUUUUACAACUUGUUACAUUGAAGACCACAGCAGAUGUUCCAGAAAUUUCGCCCUCUACUGUUGCUGCCUUAGUUUAACAACAAAACAAAAAAUAUGAAACCACAAAUUUUAGAAGCAGAUGCAAGGUACAGAUUUGGAACAGUAUUUGACAUCUUUAGUCUUCUCUGUGCUCUUAUAUACAGUCCCACUUGAAGUUUGUCUUUCACAGUGACAUGUGGUUGGAGCAUGACAUGACGGUACGGAAGCUCGAAGCGAGUCAGAUUACUGGGCUGAUGAUGAGUAUUACUUAUUCUAAAAACCAGCACCAUCCUUUACUCAUCUCAUCAGAUUUCUCUAGUCAUCUGAACUGCAUUUGUCUCCAAGUAAGAGAGAGCUACAGCAUAGAUUUAUUUUUGGGCUGCAAUCUUAUGCAUUUUUAUUACACUGAUAGACUCUCAUAGGCCAUCCGGCCCUCUGCUCUGGUCCUGUCUUCUUUCUCUUCUCCUGUGUGUGUGUUUGCUGACACUGGGCACAGCAAACCUUGAAUUCAAUCGUGCUUUCCCAGCUCUGACUGAAGACACAGAAGAUGAACCAGAUUGAUUUGUCUGGUUCUAACGCUCCCAAAAGUCUUUUUUGCUGCGUUCCUCUCUCCCAUGCUACUGAGUGCACUUUAAUCAGGGAUCUGCUUUGAGUUUUGAAUCUCUAAGACGAGUGUGCGCUUAGGGGGGCAUGCUAUACUUAAUGGAUUAAACGUGUUUAUUUUUUGUCCUGCAGUUUCCCAAGCUUAUAAUGGACUUAAAAUUGAAUAUAAAGAUUUGACACCAGCUCUUUUGGUUCUGGAUUUGCACUUGGGUGGAAAUACUUGGAGAUCCUGAAGAAAUUCCAAAAGGGAUUCUGUCAAAAAAUGUAACUCUAUGGACUGCCAUUAUCUUCUCAGCCCUGUCCCAAAGACAUUGAGAGCAAAGACAAUGAUAUGCUCAGAGCCAGUGAUUUGUUGAAUCCACGUCUCUUCCUCUGUCUUCUGUUUGAAUGCACAUGCUGAAGAUCUUUGCCUAACUGUCUGGGUAGGGUCCAAUGUUGCAGGGUGCUUCAUGUUUGUUUGAGGAAGGUUAAGCCCCUGAAACCCAUUUUUUUAAUAAAAAAUAAUGGCUAUUGUCAGUAUUUGGAUUCGCAGUUAGUUAAGAGCAAACAAGGAUGGACUGUGACCUGUUGUGACUUGCAUGUAGGAAAGAAUCAUUUAUUUCAAAGGAUGGGUCAGUUGUGAGAAGCUUGAGUUACUUUGCCCCCUUUUUUCCCCCUUCUUCUUUUGUGAGGGGAAUAAAGUCUAAACUUUUCUCUUUUUGUAUGAGAUUAACUUAAAUGACUUAAUAUAUAUACAAAUAUAUAUAUAUAUAUAUAUAUAUA